ACGUUUGAAAUGAAAACAAAUCCGUUUGUUUCUUGCCUGUUUAAGCUGUCAAUUUAAUAAAACAUGAUGCUAUGCACAGUUGAAAAUAUGCUCGUGCCAUCAUAGCGACAGACUUGUCAGGCCAUGAGGCGAAAAACUAAAGAUAUGGAGCAAAUUGACCAGCCUCUGGUAAGAUUUAGUGUUAUCUUCCACAGCGAGCUGAUGUUUUCACCAUAAAUACUCGUGUUCAAGUUCACACUGGGAGGUAAACAUGCCGUUACGAAUACACGCCACCGAGCCGGUUAGUUCGUUGAUCUGAAUAGUUUAUUAGCGAUGUAGACAGCUCAUGCUGUCCCUUUAAAGAGACUAGACUCUCAGCAUGGACGACUCCGACCAGGACUUCGCAGAUCUCUGCUCCAGGCUGCUGAAGCGGGUCCGGAAGAAGCCCGGCGAGCCGGCCAAACCGAGCCGGAGAGCAGGUCAGCAGGCGGCCAGCCAGGGCUGGGGGGGGGACGAGAGGAGGAGGAAACAUGGAGACUCUGGGGGGAAGCUGGCGGCGACCCAGCCGGCUGGUGCUGGAGCCGAGCAGGAGCUGGACUCUGGAGGACCUGGAGGACCUGGAGAGGCUGGAUCUGCUGCUGGGCCAUCAUCAGCAUCAUCAUCAGCAGCAGCAUCAGCAGCAGCAUCAGCAGUAGUAGUAGAGGCACCAAGUGAAGGAGAUGCGAGGGCAAAAGAUAUAGUUCUUCUGAAGAUGCAACAAUUCAAGAGAGCCAAUCCACAGAAGAUGGUGCACGAUGACAAGGUCCGGCCGAUAAACCUCAACACCUGUCACCUGACUGCACAGGAUCAAGGACAGAAGACUUCAGUGUCCCACGGCUCUGGUCCCAGCACGGAGUCGCUGGACAACGAUGAGGCUCUGGCCCUGCAGCUGCAACAGGAGCUGGACAGAGAGACAGCAGAGGCCACAGUGGACUUGGAGGAUGGAGGCCUUUUCUUCUGUCAGAUCUGCCACAGAGACUUAUCACAUAUGACCCCCGAGGGACGCACACAGCACCUAAACAGGUGCUUAGAUGAGAAUGAAGAGAGCGCCCCAGCUCGUCCUCCACCAUCAGGUGUCCCCGAUUGUCCCAUCUGCGGCAAGAAAUUCAAGUCCCAGAAGAGCCGCUCCAGUCACCUGAAGCGCUGCUCCUCAGAUAUGGGGGUCUCCCCGGCUGCGUUGCUGCAGGCCCUGCAGAGACAGGCUCAGGAGAACGCUGCUACUGCAAACACCCUCAUACAGACUGUGAGCACCAAAAGGAAAGGUUCCACCAAUUCAGGCCUCCCAGCUAAGAAGAAACCCAGAAAGAAGCCUGAGCCCCUGGAUGAAGAGACUGCAGUGGCUCUGGCUCUGUCCUCCUCCCUGCUGGAACAGGAGAAGCAGCAGCGCAGAGAGGAGAUGCCGAGACGGUUAGAGAUGGAGCCCCCAGCGCUGAAGUGGAGGCCAGAUGCUGGUAAGGGGCGGGGGAAGAGGAAAAAGGCCCCCAUCCACCGUCCUCCUCCGCUUCUCCUCGUUCAGGAUCCCCAGGAAGCCCUGACGAGGCUGCAGGAGCGAGUCUCUGCUCUUCUGCUCCGCAGCAGACCCCCCUCUCCCUCCACCCCGACCCGGGGCCCGAGCACUCUGUCUCGCUGGACCGGCACUGCCCCCCUCUGGCAGAAGAGCACGCUGCUGGAUGGAGGCAGCGUAUGUGCGUCUGAUUUCUACACUGCAGAGCUUAAGCAGUUCUUCACACCUUGGGAACAUGUAAAGACAUCACUCAGUACCAGCAGCAGGCCCGAGUCUUCAGUCCAGCUUGUGGGUGAAGGAACUCCCGUUACAGGGACCAAGCGUCUCCCAUCCUGCUCCCAGACGGCCUCUUGCCCCUCAGCUCCCUCCACGCCCGGGGCCGGGCAGCUCCCAGUGGGCAGCCAGGCCCUGCGAGACCUGAUGGAGCUGGCUGAAGACGGUAUGACCCUGACGCAAUAUGGAUACUCCGCAAAAGUUCAGCGUCUGAGCGGCUUCAUCCGGGAGGAGUCCGAGGAGCAGGAUGAACUCUGUGCCAGUGGCUUCCUGCCAGAAACGGCCCACAAACCCUCAGCUGCCACUCACAACCAGGCAGCGAGGACAGAUGAUCAGCAAGGCGCUGAUAAAUCAGUGGCGCUGUCCAGGCUGGCAUCGGACCUGAGCAGCAUGGUGAACAACCCUCAGCUCAGUGAUUUGCAGCUGCAGGUGGACAGUGGGGACGUCUACUUUGCACAUUCCUUCAUGGUGUACGCGCGCUGCCCCUUGCUGGCAGAGAUGGUGCAUGAAAGUGGAUUCGGGGUACAGGAGGAAGGCAUGCCGGCGGCUCAGAGAGUGCUGCUGAAUGACGUCCCUGGGCAGGCGGUGCUCGCUCUGCUGCGUUACCUCUACACUGCUCACUCCUCUGCUCCAGCAUCACUGCAGCCUCACCUGCUGGAGCUGGCAUCCAGGUUCGAUUUGGAGGAGUUGCAGCAGCUGUGUCAUCUCGGUCGAGAGGAGGCAGCAACUGUAGGAGAUGAAGAACGCUACAUGAACGAGGAGGAGGAGAAUGACAACAACCAAACAGACCAGGCCUUCACGGAUCUCCUCCGGUCGAUGUGGAACGAAGAGGAUGACGAUGACACGGGGAUCUCGGAUGGAGCGGGAGGAAGUGAAGGUGGACUGUUGGAAGAAGACCAUGCAGCUGAUGAGGUCACGUCAGGGAGCAGAGAGAUUCACGAGGAACACGUGAAUGAGGAAGAGCUGGAAGAGAUCUAUGAGUUUGCAGCCACACAGAGAAAUAAGGAGGAGAGAGACAGUGUAGAGGAGGAAGAGAGAUUAGACGAGCAGCAAGAUGGAGACACCAUGUUUACAAAAUUGUCCGAGCCAAAAAGAGACCUCAGUGAAAAAACUCUGCAUCUCGACCGUCAGCUUGAGCCAGAGCCUAGUUUGAACUGCGGCUACACGCGUCUUUUCUCAGAGUCGUGGGGUGAGUACGAGGAAGGAGGUCCCUCCUCCACCUCUGGUCCACCUAAGGCCGGUUCUCCCCGGGCAAAGCAGCAGCAGACUCCUCAAAAAGCACCAUCUCAACUGUGUGGCAGGACUGUGGUCCAGUCUUCAGGAAGUUUGCCUGACGAUGAUCUUGGUGCUCCACCCACUGCCUCCAACCUGCCUAUCGCAGGACUGUCUCCUCAUCAAGGGGGUGACCAGGGCGGCUGUGGAGACGAGAGAGAAAAUAGUGUGGAGCUGGAUGUGUCUUUGAAUCAAGAAAGCUGUAGUUCUCACAGUAUCUCCCGGUCUCGCGAUUCCCCCUCAAAGAAAGAGGAACCUGAGCUCAUCGUUUUGUCCGAUUCAAGUGACGAGAUGGAGGUUACUAUUCUCAGCCCCUGCGAGCUCUCGCCUCCUCGUCCCGCCGCCCGGAACCUGCAGAGCUACACAGAGAUCAGGUCUAAGCAGAACCCGGUAUCCCAGGUUGCUUCUUUGGAGAGGAAAGGGUCCAGUAGUUUGGAGUUGAGCCCCAGUGGUGCACUAGAUUGUUCUCCUGAAGUGUCCUGGCUUGUCCCUUCCACACCUGUCCAGGCUGCCAGAAACACCAGGACCAGCUCCACUCAGACCAAAAGCAGCAUUCGCAGGACACAGCUGUUCCCUAAAGGUGAAACCUCCCCGCUUUUCUCUUCUCCCGCUUUACCAGUGAAUGCCUCCAGUAGUCCUCACAAAGUGCUUGCGUGCACCGGCGCUCCAGAGAGCAGCGUGUCCGGGCGGAAGCUGAACGGGAAGCUUCUCAGUAGCUCCAGCUUGGAUGUCAACGUUUGUCCUAAAGUAAAGUGUGAUGAGAGUAAAAAUGGAGAAGACUGUGCAGGUCUCCUGCUGCAACCUAAGCUGUCACAGCUCUCAAGUCUGGUGCACCAGCGUUCCCCCCGAGCAUCUUCAAAGCAGGAUACGCCUCUUCAUCUGAAGACCCAGCCGUACAGCAGCACGCCCCUGCACGCCGAGCUCCGCCCGCCUCCUCCUCCUGCUGCCUCCCUGCUCCACACCCACACGGAUGAGCCAGUUUGGCUUCGUCAACAAAGGGAGACGUCGUCCUCAGAAAGCACGGAAAAGCCAGAGUUGGGGAGCUUCCAUCUCUCGCCUUUGUCCGAUCCUUCUGACUCUGGCAGUGGGCAUCUAAAUUCAAAGAGACAAAGCACGUCCUCCAGUCAGAGUCGAGCCUCUGCUGAGUCCAGCGUUUCCACAAACGCAGGUGUCGAUCGAAUGAGGAUUGAGGUGAGAAAUGAGCAAGAAAAGAGAGAGAUCAAUCCCUGUGAGGAAUCCAUGGGUGAUGGAGAAGAACCUGAAGAGGGAAAUGAAAACGUGGGAGAGGCAGAUGUUGAAGAAUCCAGUUUUCAACAGAGUUUCAUGGCCAUGGAUGAGCCUCCCAUCGCAUUCAAUGACUCGUGGGGUCUUGACAUUUGUGCAGAGGCCAAUCCAGGCUGCUUCAGUUUGAGGCUAGAAGACAGCAGAGGGUCCAGCCUGCAGGAGCCCAGCCCACGACAACGAGAAACGGCCGGGGCCUCGCCUCCUCCCACUUCUAAACCUCUUUCAUCUCGUCACACUGUUGAGACGAUAGAUGGCCACGCGGGAGUGACUGCUCCUUCUCCACCUCGAGGUCACAGUUCACCGUCCAGCAGUCUGCAGACACAUAAACACCCCGUCUCCAUCCCCUCACCACCUGGCCCCGUCACACGCACCUCACCAGAGACUCACAACGGCCUCCUAGACUCCAAAAUAUGGGACAGCUGGGAGGAGGAUGAAGGAGAGGCUCUUCCUUUAUCUCAGAGGGUGAACCCACCUGCCCGGGUCAGAACUCCAGUAUCAUCGCACAGUAAAGCCCGGCGCGACCUGGUGCCCAUCACUCCCAUGCCCCACUACUCUGACAUGGACACGCCGGAGCUCAAGAACAAACUCAACAGAUUUGGGGUUCGGCCUCUACCAAAGCGUCAGAUGGUCCUCAAACUGAAGGAAAUCCACCAGUACACACACCAGUUGAGCUCCGACUCCGAGGACGAGGCCUCCUUUCCGGGCGGCUCUGCUCAGCUGAAUCCCCCUCCCAGCAGACCGGCCUCCUGCGCCCAGACGGGGAAGUUUAAAGAACCCCGACCACCUGCUGCCUCGUCCUUAGAGGAGGACGCGGAGCCGCUGUCGGCCUCGCAGGGGUCAAACACCUCCUCAACUGCCGCCAGCGAUGAAUCCGAGAGGUCCAAUCCAGAGCUGAUCGUCUCCUCCGAUGGCGACUCAGACAGCGACGGUGGCGUCUCAUCGUCCCAGGUCGCGUCUCGCCUCCAAGAACGUCUGCAGGCGGUGCGCACCUUCAUCCUCUCCGACCCGAGCCUGUACAGUCGGAUCCUGCAGUACCAGCCUCUCGUCCUCUCUCAGCUCCAGCAGCAGCUCAAGGCUGCGGGGAUCCGCCUCGGCGCCGCCAAGCUGGUGGACUACCUGGACUCUCAGUGCAUCACCUUCACCACAGCAAAGCCCGGCCACUCUGCACCCGGCCGUAGGGGGGGCAAGAAGACGAGUAAGGGGGCAAGAGGAGGGAGCAGGAAAAAAGCUGCCUCCACCAGGCUUUAAAACUUUGACCAUAAGGCAGUUUUAUGGUGGGGGGGACUUCAACACUGAAGAUGUUCUUAAGGAAACUUUAAGCCAGAAAAGAUUACUGUUAAAUUAUGAAGAGUACGACUUUGAUAGUUUGUGAAUUGCCUGCAUUCUGUCUGCAAACUGGUUAUAUUAUGUAAAUACAGGUUUUAGAUUUUAAAUGUUUUGCUUUCAAAUGUUGCAUUUAUCAU